AAUGCUAAACAUAAAACUAUGUAGAGUAGCUGCCUGUAAAUGUGCGUGCUUGUGCUCUCUGUCCCAGGAGAGCAGUCCUCAUGGCUCUGUCUCGUCACGGGGACCUACCUGUCUUCUGUGGUUUCUUUUGGUAGCACUCACAUUCUUUAGAUGUAACUGCCUAGUUGCUGUAAAAGAAAAUACGCUGCAGAGAUUACCAGGAAGCCGUAUCUGGCAUAAGUUAAUUAGUAAUUUUUAUAGAGAAGGAUGCUGUAAAACAAGCUCAAAAUCCGUGAUCCUUGACUUGCUACAGUCAAUAACAGUAGCAGAAAGUGCGUUCUGCUGUUAGCAAAAUCUGGAAGUAACCAUCUGUUGUUACCACACUUGGCUUCAGGAUGUCCGUUCUUAACGUCCUGCUUUUCAUUCUGUUGCUGGCCGGUGGUUCGCUGAGUGAACAAACAUCAGAACCCAACUGCAUUGCAGUUGAGGACUUUAAAGCCUGCUUGGGUAAUACAGACAACUUCUGUCCUACGAAUAUCUCUUGUCAAUGUAAAAAUGAAAAACCUUUUUGCAGAUGUGAUUACUACAGAGAGGGCUGGAAGGAGUAUUGGUACAUGGGCCCCAAAUGCAACCAGCUUUGGAGCACAUUGGAUUUAAUUUUAGUAACCAUUCUUCCUGCAGUAGCACUGGUUUUCCUAGUUAUUGUAAUAUUUCAGUGUGUCCACUGCUGUAAAAGUAAAAAAGCGGGGAAACAGACAAAUUCUCCAUACCAUGAAGCACAGCAUAACCCUGCAUUUACUCAUGAACUGUCUGGUAACCUGGGACAUCAGCAGCCACCAAGGGAUGCCUGGAUUGGACAAAUGCCAAAAGCUGUACUGAGAAGACAAGAUUUUGAUGAUUUCCCAACCUCAAGUCAAUCAGAUAAGUAUAGCCCUGUGUAUUCUCAGCCCUCGAGGAGACCAGACUAUGCUUCCAACCAGCGACCUCAACAAUAUGACAAAUUUGUCUAUUCAGGCAACAAUACACCGUAUGCACAGGGGAGACAGUAUCAGAGAUACUAAUACCCGUGCUCCCUACUUCUGAAGUGUCUCAGCGUGCUGUGAUCAAUGAAUGGACAAUCCAAAUGCUGAGAGAUCAGUAAGACCUUGUGUGCUCUGUUACACAGAGAAAGUAAUAGCUGUUAGAAAGCACUAGAAGUUAUUGCAAAAAAAAAAAAAGUAUAGAAGACAAUUACAAAACAAAACAUAUUUCUGAAAUUACCAUCCCAUUUGUUUGCUUUAUAUUUGAUGACAGUUUAGCUUUCUGAAUACCUGAUUUUACAGUUUACACAGCUGUUUCUACGUAUUGCUUAAAUUGUUGCACAUCUGUCUGGACCCAUGUUCUUAUGUGAUUAAUUGUGUCCUGUGCCUAAAUGACAAGAAGUACCUGUCACCUUUCUUCAGAAGAAAUUCAUGGGAAAAAAGGAAGACUCAAAAAUUCAAUAUGAGAAAUGACAAAUACGUAUGCUAAUCAUCAUUCUUCCUUUAUUGCUUCCCAGGAGGGCUUAAAUGCAUCUUAAAAGGAAAGUGGGGGGAGCUGCAUCUUUUCUUACUUUUCAAGACGGUUUGUCAAAGAUAGCUUCUACCGGGCACAGGUUUUGCUUCUUGGUGUCUGUUUGGCUUAUCCAUUUAUUUGUGAUGUUUGCCCCACUCUUUCAUGAUCUCUGUCCGUAUGCUGGUGAACAAUGGUUUCUAGUCUAAUGCUUUUACUAGAACCAUGAAUUUCUCUGACUAAAAUUAGGAAGAUUCUCCAGGGCACUGUAGCACACAGAGCCUGCUGUUCCCUGACAGUAUUUCUUUGUUUUUCCCCGAAGGAGCCAAUAUGUAAGGAAGAAAAACAACAAAUUACAUACAAGUUUGAACUGUGUAGUAAAGUCUGUAUUCUUGUGUACUCCAAUAACGCAAGGAAUUAGGUAGAAGGGAGGGCUCUGUUCUCAGGCACAGCCACCUAGGCCCACUGACACUGGCAGCAUUGUGCAAGCGCAACCAAGGCACUUUGCUUCCCAGUGUCUCAAGAUGCAUCAAAUUGACUAACUAUUGACUGACGCAGCAAACAGCCUGUGAACCCAUUCCAUUCUCCCUUGUUUCUUCAUAAUUUUGUCUUCCUUAGUCAUCUUGUUGAUCCAAACAGCUCAAAUGUUUUGCCUUUAAAAAUGCAGUUUGUCUUUGUAACUUGCUUUGUGAAUAAUGAAAAUAAAUGAAGCUAUGGAAAAUUGACUACCUUACCACUAACUAACAAAUAAAAGAUACUGAAGUCCUGGAUAUUUUUCCCAUUUUCCAAAAAGUUUCAAUCAUAUUAUAAUUAAUGAUUCUUAAUGUUAGUUGAUAUGUGAAACUGUAAGACAAAAACAGAAUCUUAAGGUGUUCAGAAACAUGCAAAUACUGGCAUUUCAUAUUUAUAAAUCAGAAUUCCCUCCCUGCAAGCAGCUUCGUGGCGUAACUGCACCCUGGCACUUUCCAUGCUCUCCACAACUCUCAGCAAUUGCCCAGACUGUAUUGGCUUUCCUAUGCAAGUAUGGUUGUGGAGUCUGAAUAGGUUUCUGGCUUCUCUCAUUUUGCUUUUUGUUCCUUGCAAGAAUUUAGUGAGUAAGUACAGCUUCCUACUGGGGAAAAAAAAAGGAGGGGCGUCUCCAAAGCUGACAGUUUUUCUUGGCUCUGUAAGGUAGGUGCCAUCUUGGCUGGUGUUCUUUAAAUCUCCAGCCACAACUGCUUUUUUUAUUAUUUUACUUUCUUUAAGUUUCUGUUUCUUCUCCAGUGUAACAGCUAUCUGAAGUGUCACCAAUGUUAUUUUUGCUACUGCAAGAAACUGGUAGGCAUUUAAGUCUGGACCUAGAAUGUAUUGAGGGCAGAUUUGCCAGCUGUUAAAUCACGUAAUUAUAGGGUCAUUUUUCAUGGUGAGCUGAAAAUGCACGCACCAAAAUUCAUUGAAAAGAAACCAGAGAUUUUCUGAAUGUGAACUGCUUGUAAACCUGCAUUACAGUGUCCUCUGGGGUUGCACACAGCCCUGAACAAUGCAUUUACACAUCAGCAUUAACAAUUUUGUUGCUGAUUAAAGCACAGAAAAAAAAAUAAUUAUUCAUACUAGUAACAUCUGUACAGCCACUUUGAAGCAGCAUCUUGUCUCACCAAAGGAUGAAACAUGGAAGAAUGCCAUUGCUUUUACUGGUCUCACCCACUUCUUUCUAUAGGCAUGUUCAGUGGAAGUAUCCUACCGUCACCCAGUUCCUCUUCAGUUUCUAUCAGGAAUAAGUGAAAAUAGUUCUCUGUUAUCUUCUGAAUCAUAACAGAAAUUGUGGUGCUAACACAUCUGUUUAGAUCUUAGGCUAUCAGUUUAUUAUAGCCCCAGAAAUCAGGUCUCAAUGUGUCUGAAUUUUUUGCAUGAAUGAAUUCUUUUCAUCGCUUCUUAGCCUCCGGUAGUGCCGUAAUUUAAAGAACUCAUUGUUAUUGACCUCUAGCUCCAUUCACCAAGCUGUAAGUGACUGUAGAAUUUAAUGUAAGAGUGUCUAGUUUGAUAUCCCACCCCUCCUUUGAAAAGGAGUAGGGUAAAGAGAUCAGACAGUCCUGUCACAUGUACUUGGUGCUGGCAAGAGAGAUCUGGAAGGUAGGCACUCGUGCUGCUUGAGAAUAAAGUUUCACAGAAAACAAAGCUUUCCUGCUCAGACUUCUCUGCUCAUUACUCUCAGGCAGAUCAAGAGUUGCAGGACAUUAGCCAAGGGGACAGGCACUUCUCCUGAUACACUUAACCGCUUGUGAUCAGAUCAUCAAUCUUAACAUCAGGCGGUGGUAUGUGAAAGAGAAGUGUGAAGAAACUGCUUGAAAUACUCUGGUGUCACUAAUAGCAACAAUGAUAAUUUUAAGGAAUACCUUUUUGGUUAUGUCAUCUGUAAAGCAUUAUGCUUUGGAUGUUUGUCUCUUACCUGGAGAGCAGAGAAGCUCUGCAAUUCCUUAAAACCUGUGUGUUUGAGCUGAAGGGCAAGGAGCAAUUCUGGUGUUUCUGCUAGUUGUCAUGGUUAUGAUGUGCUACUUCCCUGUCAGGUAUAAAUAUUUUAAAUUGCUGUAUGAUGUGGUGAUUUGGCCUUUGCGCAUUCUUUCUGAUUCAGUGCAGUGACUUUUGUUAUUUGGAUACCUGCAGUCCUGGUACCUCGGGUUGGGUUGGGUUUGGUUUGGUGUGGUGGUGUUGGUUUUGUUUUGGUUUGUUUCAUUCUGUACUUCUGACCGCUGCUUUGGAUUGCUUUUCUUUGUAAUUGCUACCUUGCUCUGCACAUUCACAUGUUGGGUCUGAUGAUGUGUGCUGUGUCACGCUGUUGGCAGUAGCCUUGUUGCUACUUUACGCUCAUUCUACUUUUGAGAUUUCCCUUGAUAUUAUUCCAGAAGAGAGAAUACAGCACAGAUAGGAUUUUGUUGAAGAAAGAUAAUUAUCUUUCUUUUUCUGCUCUUCUGAUUGAAUCACCUUGUAAGAUUCACUCACUUCCACAAGAAUUCAGUCUUGCAAAUACCCAUUCAUUUUUCCCCUCAUUCCUAAUUGUGUUGAUCAGUUUGAAAUAAUUUUCUCAUCAGAAUGUCUACCUUUUACUAGAGCAUCUAUAACAUCUAGAGCAUCUACAAGAUCUACAAUAAUUCUUAAUUACUGUAUUUACUUUGGUGUUUGGAAUGUUAUGGCCAGCAGCUUUACUCCAUUACUCUGCUGCUUGUGUCUUAAAAGAAGGAAAAUGUGGGGGGUAGGAAGUGGGGUGUGUGAAACACAGAAGUCUUCAAGCUGAAUACUUAAGUGAAAGUCCAUGAAUAAGAAUUCUGUGAGAUUUCCAGAAG